AUGGGACCAGAGGUGCGCGACCGCUUCCGGGGGGCGCUCGUCGUGUUCGUUGAGCACGCGGUGGAGUCGGCGCGGCUCCACUAUGACCGCGCGGUGCGUGCUGGCACACUUUCGCUCGCCCCGCUUUCUGACACGACUACAACAGCAGAGCUCGACCGUGCGGACCUGCGCACUAUGCCACUGACGGACGACUUCUUGUUUCGAACCUCACUCCUUGAGGAAGUCGAGGAUAAAGAAUCAGAGUCGGGCACGCGCUAUGAACUGCAAAAGUAUCGUACUCGUGUGAAUUGCAGGGAUGCAUGACAAAUGUGGUGUCCUACCCGAAUCUGCAUUACAAAUUCCAAUUUUCUUCCUGAUAAAAUUUGUCAUGCGAUUUAUACUAGUACGAGGCUUUUUCACAGGAUACGCGUCAGGCUUUUCGAUUGCUACGGGGAUUACGGGUCUACUUCAGCGCGGCAUUGGCCCUCGUGGAUGUUUUAUGCAAGAAAAAAACUGUGUAAGUGUAACUCUGUGACGCAGAACAUGCAACAGAUUUACACCUGUCAUGCCAAACAGCCAUGAAGUCCUCUUUUCAUGUGUGUUUUCCCUUACAAGCCACGCAUGACAGGCCCUCUCUGUCAUGUAGAGCAAAUUUGUAAUGCUGUCAGCCAAAGAAAGUUACACUAGCACAUUUUUUUCUUAGAUAUGUUUUCACACAAACGGAGGACGCGAAUGUGUACGAUAUGCAAUGCAAAAGCAUGAUGUACUAGCAUAUGUUGCAUCACAAACUUAAUACCUAAGUUUGAAAACUAAAUUUGUCAUGGUGGUUUGGCUACGAAAGUAGAGUAUGAAGUCUGUAUUAAUGCAGUACUGCAAAAAAUACUACGAGUGCGAUUAUACUUUUGCGAUGAAUAUACGAGCUGGAUCCGCAGCAGGUUUCGAAAGGUGAUUUCUUCUUCCCACCUGCAGCUACGCAGAGUCCACCUCGCGAGGGCGGUAUCCAACAAAAAAAGCUGCUGUAUGUGUAAGUUUUUUGGAAGAACAGCAUUACAAAUCUAUCUGGCACGAGAGCAAAAACCUGUCAUGCGCAGAUUGCACGUGAAAACGCGCUUGGAUGGACCUUACAAUGCAUCCCGAGCAUGACAGCCGCAAUCACUUUGCAUGUUGCGCAUCACAAAGCUACACUAACAAUCUUUUUUUCCUCGAUACGCGGCCCCGGUGCCACCUCCGCCGCCGGAACACACCGGCGAUUUUUCAUGCCCGUUACGCACGAACUGUGGUAUCAAAUGCAAAAAUGUCUACGUCUGGAAGGUUGGAACUUGUGAUGCUAACUUUGGACUACAAAAAAAAUCUGUAUCGCAUGACCAGCGAGAGGAGUCUAGUUUGUGCUACGCGGGGAGGGCGUUUGUCAUGCGAGGUAGGCAGCAGGAAGCUCUUGAAAAUUCUGUGAUGCUAGGUCGUGCAUUACAGACAUCCUGGGUCAUGCAAAACAUGCAUGACAAGUCUCAGAAUCUUCCAGACCCAGACAUUUUUGCUAUGCAUAUGUGGCUCCUGGUAACCGAAGGUGAAGCCGCGGCUGCGCGGGAACAGUGCACACCCAGCACGCUGUAUUCGGAGAUGCGCGCCCGAAUGCUCUGCGCGUUUUUUUACUUGAACCGACUGAAAGUGGAAACGUCGCUAGCCACCCGCGAUUAUCCUGUGCAAAAGUAUCGUACUCAUAGUAAUUGCAAUCAUGCAUUACAAAUCUUUCUCUUAAGGCAAAUCCCCAUUACAAAUUUCAUUUGUCAUGCUGAGGAAAUUUGUAAUGCAUUUAUACGAGGAGUGCGAUACUUUUGCAAUGCAUAGCGAUCCAGCGACAAACCAAUCCGGCCACGAUAUCCUGAGUAAAAACGUCCCCAUACCAGAGUCAACGUGGAAAAUCUGCUAGACAAAUCGGCCAACUUUGGUUGUCUCGCAUGACAAGUUUGUCCUCGUAGUGUAAUCCUGUUUAGCUAGUUCAGAAGCAUCACAGAUCUAGCAUAUCGCGCUAUUUCUAGCAUCACAAAUCCCAAAACACGACUAGAAAAAGCUUCUCAUGGGGCUUCGCAUGAGAAGCUUUUUUGGCAUGCAAAUUUGCAUGACAACUCUGGGGUGGAGAUGUUUUUACUCGGAAUACACGACUUUUUGAAGUGGUCGUACCCGUUGGUGCAAAGCGCGUUGUCCAAGACCACCGUUCACAAUGUGCUGGCAGUGUAUGACUCCACGGUGCCCUCGGGUUACUUGGGUCGCCCCACACCCGCGGCGCAGGUCACAGUCGAGGGGGCACUGAUCUUAUCGUCUGCCUUAUCGAAGAAAAGAACAUUGUUAGUGUAACUUUGUGAUCCGCAACAGGCAAAGUGACUGCGGCUGUCAUGCUGGGCAUGCAUUGUAGGGCCAACUCAAGCGCCGCGUUUUCACGUGCAAUCUGCGCAUGACAGGUUUUUGCUCUCAUGGCAGACAGAUUUGUAAUCCUGUUCCUCCAAACAACUUACACCUACAGUCUUUUUUUUCUUUGAUAGGCCUCCGUUACAACUCUUGCGCCUGUCGCACGCGAAGCGGUAUCAGUAGUAGAUCUGGAGGAAAGUGUUGAAGGAUCAUCCGCUGACCAAGCGGUUCCCGUGCGGCAGGGCCAGCUGCUGAUGCGAGCCCGCACGGUUUGCCCCCAGGGUUAUGCCUACAAUGUGUUGUGCUGGGGGCAGCAGUGCCUUGCUCCCGACCCCAUCUUUGAAAAGUACGCGACGACGUUUGAUGCGCUCGAAAUGCGCCGGGUGACGUUUAGCCGUCUCACAGCCGUUGGUAAGGAGUAUCGAUUGCUCCUGCAGCAGGGCGGGAUAGUUGUUGGCAUCGAUCUGGAAGGUCAAGAAGAUUCGUCAUCUGGUGGUCGGGCACCAGCUACCAGACGGCUACCACAGCACGAGGAUCAACAAAUCAAAGACAAAGCUGCAGCUGCAUCAAAGGAACAACUAUUGCCGCCGUCUCGCGGUCCUCUGCCGUUGGCGGAGGUUUAUUUUUCGAGCAGGAGUAGCGGGACCAUGCAGAGCACCAAACGAGCAGGAGUGCCUUCCGCGGCAUUUUCCACUCCCAUCGAAGUCUGGACGUACAGAAAUUUCCACUGGAACUUCGAUUUGGAGAAGCUGGCGCCGCAAAUAGGGAAAAGCACGCCCGCGGCGCCCCGCGUCCGGUGCGCGUUCUUCCGAGGACGGGCCUGCGAAGAUCCGUUGCUGGCCGACCGCUGGCCGGACGUACAGACGUUGCUGGAAUUCACGAACCGGGGGAACUCACACCAAAUGGACCGGUAUGGCUUGAUUGCCCUUUCCGACUGGGACAAGAAUCCGCCCGGCCACGUAGAGAUGACUUGGCGUAGCCUGGAGAGUGUGUACCUGCGCAACGUGCGAAACACUACAUUGCCCGACAUCUACGACAGGGAAAGAAAUUCAUCGUCACGUCGCAAGAUGGACGCGACGGCGCGCGAGGUACUAGUACAAAGCCAGCGCCUGCACGAGGACACGACGCCCACAGCGGCCGAGUCUGGGGGAGUUUCACUUUCAGCCGCUACCGGGCCCGUUUUUGGAAGUGCUUCGUCCGGGUACGGGACGCAAAUGCGGCCUGGAAUUGCACCGGGCCGCGCCCGGAACAAGCGCCCGAUUCCUCGAACGGAGCAAAAUAAAUCCGAAGGACAACGUGGUAGUAGCACAAAACAAGGCGCGACCACUGGGUCUUCAGUGCACCUUGUCGUGAGCGGGCGCGACGAUGACGAAUCGGCGGAUCAUGUUGAGCCGGACGAGAGUUCGUUGGUAGCCGCCUCGAACCGCUUGGCCUAUCACCCGCAGAUCGUCAUUGACGAGGAAUACUUUCAGGUGCGAACAGUACUAUGAGAGUGCACAACUCCCCCUCCCUCUCAUUUGUCAUGCGAAAUACCAAACUUGCUUCUAUUGCAGAAUAAGUCAAGGAGUUGCACUCUGACCGCCACGCACAAACUAAGCCUUUAAGUUGUCGCUGUGCCCCAGGUGGGUUGCCAGUCAGCAGUGACAAACAGCUGGCCAAUGGUUUGACAUCUCCGGCCCGCGGCACUUGCCUUUUUCGCCCGUGCCGCAGGUAAGGCAAAAAUGGUCCAGCCUCCCCUGUCCGGGUGGGGUUGCGGCUUAAGGGAGAGUCUCGCCCCUUAGCCCAAAGGGGUACGUCGUCUCUUCCGUGAGAACAAAAACUUAUGGCGUAAAUGGGUCGGGUCCUGGAUCGUUCUGUAUGCUGGGCUGUCGCGCUCGGCUUGCUGGCCGGGCUGUACUGAUCAGGUGUGGUGGGUAGCUCCCGACUGGUUGGUACUUUUAAUGGGGCGACUUGCCGUGGUAGCGCUCGGCUUUUGUAUGUUGAGGCUGCCCCCGAAAGUGUUUCCUCGCCCACCCCCCGGGGAGGGGAUCCUUGACCUGUGGCGCUGGGUGCGGGUGUCCACUACAUCUUGAUGAUGAAGCACUGUUCGCAUGACAAAUCUCGGAGCCUCAAACAGUACUGCGAUCGGUCUGGAGAUUUGUCAUGCGGGAGCCUCAUAUCUACCAUUGCUUGUGUUGCCAUGCAUGCACUACAGAUGAGGGGGAGCGGGAGUUGUGCACUCCCAGAAGUACUCCGAGCCUUGCAGGACUGGUUGGACUCUGGCGAGUGGCGACUCCGGCCGUUUUAUCAAAUGCAAAUAUGUCUGGGUCUGGAAGAAUGCAAACUUCUCAUGCAUAUUUUCCAUUCCCCAUGAGGUUUGGAAUGCAGGACCUAGCAUGACAGGUUCUGCGACGACGUCCCUAUCAUGCCUAUCCUGCAUGAUAAACUGCCACUAAACUUGUUCAAAACUGGACAGCUUUUGGUAGUCAUGCAACACAAAUUUUUGUACGUCAGGGGGCGUCGCUACUUCAAUUCAAUACGAUCCAGACUUAGCAUGACAAGUUCGCAUCCUCCCAGACCCAGACAUACUUGCAAUGCAUACGCUCGCGUACCUCGAGUGGGGCGCGCUGCAGGGGCCUUGGAGCGUGCGAGUGGCCAAGUGGAUCGACUACUUCGUCCGCAGGGAGCGCGAGAGGGAGGACGUGGAUCAGGAAGGUAGGCAGGACCAGGAGCCGCGUGACAGCCGUGCUGGUGGUGUUGCCCCGUGCCGUUUGUUGCUCGUUGAGCCGACCGGACAUGGGGUCGCGUCGUCGUUAGAAAAUCUUGCUCUGAACGACGUCCGGUGCGAGUCCGCGCUGGUUUGGCAGGGCUAUAUAUCUGCCGGAUCCAGUGGGACCGGAAGUGAAAGAACGGAGGACGAAAAGGAAAAAGCCAGCGCUGUGACGAACUCUACUGAGGCUGCUCCGACCGCGCCACCGCAGCGCGGCUGGGAAAGUUGGCGCGAGGCGCAUGAUAUGCAUUGAAAAAGCAUCGUAGUCGUACUAGUAGAAAUCGCAUGACAAAUUUCCUCACCAUGAUGAGAAACGGAAUUUGUAAUGCGGAUUCAACUCAACCUCAAGAAGGAGAUUUGUAAUGCGUGGCUGCGAUGACUACGAGUACGAUGCUUUUGCAAUUCAUACAAGAGGUUCCUGACGACGUAGUGAUGAUGAGGGAUGUGGUAUCAGAGAAAAAAAGUUCUUCGUCGCGAUCACUCAUGUACAACAUUUCACGUCCUGCAACACAAAAAUAAUGUACGUCAUGCGUAAAAACGCAUCACAGGGAAAUUUCAUACGGGAUUUCUCGUUUAUUUGUUUUGGCAAUACAAGUGGAAAAACCUGUGUUGCUGCGGCCAAAAAAAAAUCUACAUGCAAAAUCUAUCUGCAAUUCACUGAUCGUCUGACGAACUUUUUUUUCGCUCCAUACGUGGAGGUGAUAGAUCUCGUGGACAUGGACAUUCAGGGCCAGGAGCUGUAUGUGAUUCCGCGUUUCCUUAUCCACAGAAAAAAACCCAUCUCCAUCCAUUUUUUGCAUGACAAACGCAGAACUUUCUGCGUGUUUUGCAUGACAAAUUGGAUGGGGAUGGGUGUUUUUUCCUGGAUACCCCUAGAUGAGUUCGCGGACCGGGUGCGCAGAAUCCAUGUCGGCACGCACGAGAAGUUUGUGCACAAGCGUUUGCGUGCAGCGUUCGAAAGCCACAAAUACAUGGCAAGAACAUACUCCCAGUCGUGGGUUUUCGAACAGGAUUACCUCGGUAUGAGUGCGCGAGGUAUUGAGCACUAUGGCAAUGUUCUAUUCAGGGACGGCGUCAUGACUCUGCGAAAUCCAAGGCUUUAGAAGCAUCGCUUGGCGUCCACCUCGUGGGACAACGGACACAAAAGAUCGCUAAAGCUAAUGAAGUCCAGCAAAGACAUAGUUGUGACACUGCAAUUUUAGCACGAGCCACUCGCGCUAAAUGCUAAAUGGUUUGCUUCUCUCGG